UUGCUGUGGUAGCGCUCGGGCGCCAUGUUAGGACGAAGGGAAAGGAGGAGAAGUGCUUAAAGCGGCGGGAGCGGGUGCGGGAGUGGGGUUGGACCCAGCCUGAGGUAGCCCCCUCCCUCCCGCCUCAGUGGAUCAUGCCCAGGGCGGCAGCGGCGGCGGUUGCGGGGGGGCAGUGACUGGGCGGUGCCGCGCAGGAGACGAUGCCGUUUCCAGUUACAACGCAGGGAUCACAGCAGACACGGCCGCCCCAAAAGCACUAUGGUAUCACCUCCCCUAUCAGCUUAGCAGCCCCCAAGGAGACUGACUGCGUGCUUACACAGAGACUCAUCGAGACUCUGAAGCCUUUUGGGGUUUUCGAGGAGGAGGAAGAGCUGCAGCGCAGGAUUUUAAUUUUGGGAAAAUUAAAUAAUCUGGUAAAAGAGUGGAUACGAGAAAUCAGUGAAAGCAAGAAUCUUCCACAAUCUGUAAUUGAAAAUGUUGGAGGAAAAAUUUUUACAUUUGGAUCUUACAGAUUAGGAGUACACACAAAAGGUGCUGAUAUUGAUGCAUUGUGUGUUGCACCGAGACAUGUUGAUCGAAGUGACUUUUUCACCUCAUUUUAUGAUAAAUUAAAAUUACAGGAAGAAGUAAAAGAUUUAAGAGCUGUGGAAGAGGCAUUUGUGCCAGUUAUCAAACUGUGUUUUGAUGGGAUAGAGAUUGAUAUUUUGUUUGCAAGAUUAGCACUGCAGACUAUUCCAGAAGAUUUGGAUUUACGAGAUGACAGUCUGCUUAAAAAUUUAGAUAUAAGAUGCAUAAGAAGUCUUAACGGUUGCAGGGUAACCGAUGAAAUUUUACAUCUAGUACCAAACAUUGACAACUUCAGGUUAACUCUGAGAGCUAUCAAACUGUGGGCCAAACGCCACAACAUCUAUUCCAAUAUAUUAGGUUUCCUCGGUGGUGUUUCCUGGGCUAUGCUAGUAGCAAGAACUUGCCAGCUUUAUCCAAAUGCAAUAGCAUCAACUCUUGUACAUAAAUUUUUCUUGGUAUUUUCUAAAUGGGAAUGGCCAAAUCCAGUGCUAUUGAAACAGCCUGAAGAAUGCAAUCUUAAUUUGCCUGUAUGGGACCCAAGGGUAAACCCCAGUGAUAGGUACCAUCUUAUGCCUAUAAUUACACCAGCAUACCCCCAGCAGAACUCCACGUACAAUGUGUCCGUUUCAACACGGAUGGUCAUGGUUGAGGAGUUUAAGCAAGGUCUUGCUAUCACAGAUGAAAUUUUGCUGAGUAAGGCAGAGUGGUCCAAACUUUUUGAAGCUCCAAACUUCUUUCAAAAGUACAAGCAUUAUAUUGUACUUCUAGCAAGUGCACCAACAGAAAAACAGCGCCUAGAAUGGGUGGGCUUGGUGGAAUCAAAAAUCCGCAUCCUGGUUGGAAGCUUGGAGAAGAAUGAAUUCAUUACGUUGGCGCAUGUGAACCCCCAGUCAUUUCCAGCACCCAAAGAAAAUCCUGACAAGGAAGAAUUUCGUACAAUGUGGGUAAUUGGGUUAGUGUUUAAGAAAACAGAAAACUCUGAAAACCUCAGUGUUGAUCUCACCUAUGAUAUUCAGUCCUUCACAGAUACAGUUUAUAGGCAAGCAAUAAACAGCAAGAUGUUUGAGGUGGAUAUGAAAAUUGCUGCAAUGCAUGUAAAAAGAAGGCAACUCCAUCAACUACUGCCUAAUCAUGUGCUUCAGAAAAAGAAAAAGCAUUCAACAGAAGGUGUCCGAUUGACAGCUCUGAAUGACAGCAGCCUCGACUUGUCUAUGGACAGUGACAACAGCAUGUCUGUGCCUUCACCUACCAGUGCUAUGAAGACCAGUCCAUUGAACAGUUCUGGCAGCUCUCAGGGCAGAAACAGUCCUGCUCCAGCUGUGACAGCAGCAUCUGUGACCAACACCCAGGCUCCUGAAGUUCCCGUGCCACAAGUCAAUUCCAGUGAAAGCUCAGGGGGUACAUCGAGUGAAAGCAUUCCUCAGACUGCCGCACAGCCAGCCAUUUCUCCACCACCAAAGCCUACGGUCUCCAGAGUCGUUUCUUCAACACGUCUGGUAAACCAGCCACCUAGACCUUCAGGAAAUGCAGCAACAAAAAUACCUAAUGCUGUAGUAGGCGUGAAGAGGACAUCCUCCCCUCAUAAAGAAGAGAGUCCCAAGAAAACCAAAACAGAAGAGGAUGAAACAAGUGAAGAGGCUAACUGUCUUGCUUUGAGUGGACAUGAUAAAACAGAAACGAAGGAACAAAUGGACGCAGAGACAAGCACAGCGCAGCCGGAAACGAUGCAGACGGCGGCUUGUCUGGUGGCCUCGCAGAAAACAUCCAGUACAGACCUUUCUGAUAUCCCUGCUCUCCCUGCAAAUCCUAUUCCUGUUAUCAAGAAUUCAAUAAAACUGAGAUUGAAUCGGUAAAAACAACCUCAGGGUCCAUAAACAAUAUCUGCCAACUCAACCUGUUGUCUUCAAAUGCUAAAAAAGGAGAAUGGAGGGUACAAGACUCGACGGGACGGGGAAUGGACGUAGGUGUUUGUGGUGACCUUCCUUACUGGGCUAACAGCACUUGAUCGGACGUCCAGGUUAGUAUGUGAAGCCAGGAGUACUAUUAUUAAUGUGUUAGCAACAGUUGCAUUAACUAUUUCAAAAGAUUACUGCCUUUAAAAAACAAAGAAACAAAAAAAAAAAAAAAAGGAAAAAUAAAAGAAACCUCAAGUUACAUUUGUAUCCGUAAUUGACAUCUGGAUCGGGUUUAUGUUUGAUGCAUUGUUUGGAAAAUUUGCAAUACAAACUGGCAUAAGAUUCCUUAUUCUGAUGAUGCACUUUUAUGUAUUUUUUAUUAGAAAGUAGAACUAAUUUUAGAUUUUCAGCUUGAUGGAUUUUCAUUUUUUUCCUGACGAAUUUUCUUUACCAUUAGUCUUCAAAUUGGGUACAUGGUGCACGGUGUAGUGUCACACUCGCGAGAAGGGGUGAGCGUACCUCUAGUUCCGUCCCUGUAAGUAGCUGUAACCCUUAAAAAUGAAAUGUCAACUCGGGGGGACACAUUGACACUGAAGGAAUAAUUAGGAAAUAGCUCGGUUUUGAUGGGGUCAUGAUUAAGAAAUGAUAUAUUGGUUUUAUUUGUAGAAUUGUUUUAUAGUGCAUACAAAUCAGCGAUCAAACAGCAGAUAUUUUUUUUUGAGCCUAUCAAAGCUCCGUAUUCUUUUGCCUUUAAUCCAUUGUCUUUUAAACAAAAAAAGCCCCCCCCCCUUUUUUUGGCAUGUAUGCACAAGGUAGGACUUAUUCAUAAAAAAACAAAAUGCCAGUAUUUUCUUAAGCCAUGAUAUGAGGACACUGACCCUGUGGCCACAUGGCACAGAACACUAAAUUUUGGUCCCAUGGCUGAAACUUGAGGGUGACUAAAAGCAGUGCCUGGGACACAUGCUGUCUGUCUUGGAUGGCCAUUUGAUUUCCGAACAGGAGAGAUUUUGCACACUCCACAGAACUCCUGUCUGUAGGGAAGUUGGUUUUCAGUUUUAGACAUGUGGACAAAAAGGCAUUUUCUCCAAGAAUUUUAACCUGAUUUUUAAAUGGCUUACCAAAAUGUCAGUAAAUUUUACGUGUAGAAAAAUUUUAAAAUCCUUUCUAGCAAGCACUUGACAUCUAGUCAGCUCUCUACUCCUUUUUGUUUUAUUCUAUCAAAAAAUUAGGAGCUCUUUUCUUUAAAGACAAAAAACAGAACAACAACAACAAAAAAAAAAACCCAAAAAUCCCCCCUCCUAAUUAAGCAGCAGAAGUUCCCUCUGUAGGAAGUAUGAGGAUGCCGGGCGUGAUCACCUCUUUCCUGAUCUGGACAAAGCAAACGUUAACAGUUCUCCUGAUGACACAUUUUCCGAAUCCUGCACUGUGCUCCAUUCUAUCACACGUGCGUUUUUCAUGUAAAACUGCAAUGACUUAAAACUCUUUCCUGUCCUUCUAAAUUAAUUUCCCAAAGUUGGAGUGUAGUCUUCCGCCACUUAGGCUCUGCAUUAAUUGAGGCUUGCUUUCCACCAUUACUUUACCAUGUCUCGUAUACAAUGUUUCUCCUUCCACAUCUUUGCUCUGCACAGUCACCUUGUCCCCCUUCCAGCACCUAAGAACGGAGAUGGUCACACUGACAGGUGAAGUGUACAAGGUGUCUGUGUUUUUUGUGUAGCUUCAGAGUUAGAUUGAAAUUGCCAGGCACAGAUUUAGUCUUGUCAUUUUGUUUACACAUUGGGGAAAAGAAAUUCAGUUUAUUAAACGUUUCAUGUAACUGCACCCAAGUUUUGCCAAGCUGGAAACUUGGAAUUUUUCUGUGUAGUGACUUUUUAAUUCUCGUUUUCAUAACCUGGAGAUCAGACUGUUGCUUUCGCAUGAUGUACGUAGUGUCUCAUGACUGGAGUUUGCUUUGUUUUAUAGUAUCUGUACUCCUUGUAUUUUUCAAGAGCUAUUUUGUAAACAGAUGAUGUAUUUCUCCAUUGAAAACACAAUAAAAAAAAAAAAAA